GUGGAAAGUCUUGCUGUUAUGGCCUAUAUAAAACGGGGGCGGGCAAUUGAAAAACAAGCCCAAAAAGCAGCAAAUGAAUACGAAAAAGACCUUUUACAAUCUGAAACAAAAAGAAUUGGGAGGCUUUAUCACCGUUUAGAUCACUUUUCGAGAGUUUUCUUUCCUGUUGCCUUUAUUUGUUUUGUUAUUUUUUAUGCUGGAAUUAUUGUUAAGAGGGAUGAAAGUCAAUGUGUUGGAAAUUAGAAUUUAAAUAGUAGAAAUUAUAUUUUUUGCAUUAUUUGAGAAAGAAAAUUUUUGGUUAAAUUUUUAUCUUAAAUUUUAUCCAAAGAUUCGUUGACAUGGCGUUUGAUAAAAAUCAUAUCAGAUAUCCGUGCUCUAAAGUUCGAUUCCAAUUUACAUAUAAAAAUUUUUUUCAGUAACUAAUAGCAUUAUCGCUUAUAAUAAUUUCACGAAGUUUUAUGCCAUUUUGGAAGGUUAUUGAAAAAUAGAAUGCCACCCUUAAAUUUAAUGCCGCCCCCUAUUUUCCAAGUAACUAGUGACCGGCGCCGGACAAAUCCGGGGUUUUCACGAUCUCCGGGCCGUAUUUCCUCUAUUAGAAUGCCAUUUUGGAAGGUUAUUGAAAAAUAGAAUGCCACCCUUAAAUUUAAUGC